AUGCCGCCAACGGAAGAGGGUCAAGAUAUUGAAGCCAAGAAAGUGCUUCUCUGGGAUAGGAAGACUGAGGGUGGAUUUCCCGAAACGAAAGUAUUGAAGCAGUUGGUGCGAGAUCACAUCGAUCCAUCACGAGACUUGGGACAUUCCGAUAAGCAUGGAAAGAAGAAGGAAGACAAGGCAGAAGACACGAAGCAGGAGUCAGAGGUGAAGCAAGAGCAAGGUCAAGCGAGCGAGAGCGGACAGGUCAAGAGAAAUCCAGAUGGCACUAUUUGUGAAGACUGUAAAUGA